GUGAGCUCGUACCCACCCCCCUCCUUCCUCCUCCUCCCCGCUUCCCUGCGCGGCACCGCUCGGCUUUCCCCCGCCCCUUCCCCCGUUGAGUUGCUGGUGAGGAGGAAGAGGAGGGCCAGGGAGGGGGAGGAAGGCGAGGCCGGGCCGGCCCCAUAGCCCUCCCGCCGGCGCCGGGCCUGGCAGAACCCGUCGGUUUUUCAGGGUCGGUCGGUGGCAUCACAAAUGAUACAGUAUUGUUUUGCAGUAGUCUGACCUUUCCUACUGUUCUGUUGCUUCUGUCGUUUGCUGGACAGUGAGAGGGGUGUGAGGUGUGCUGCCCAAGAUGGUGAAGCUGGACAUCCACACGCUGGCCCAUCACCUCAAGCAGGAGCGGCUCUACGUCAGCGCCGAGAAGCAGCUCAUCCAGCGGCUCAACGCCGACGUGUUGAAGACGGCUGAGAAGCUGUACCGCACGGCCUGGAUCGCCAAGCAGCAGAGGAUUAACUUGGACAGGCUGAUCAUAACGAGUGCUGAAGCUUCUCCUGCUGAGUGUUGCCAGCAUGCCAAAGUCUUGGAGGACACACAGUUUGUGGAUGGAUACAAGCAGUUGGGAUUUCAGGAGACUGCCUAUGGAGAAUUCCUAAACAGGUUGAGAGAGAACCCUAGGCUUAUUGCGUCCUGUCUAGUUGCUGGAGAGAAGCUCAACCAGGACAACACUCAGAGUGUCAUUCACACAGUCUUUACCUCCAUUUAUGGGAACUGCAUCAUGCAGGAGGAUGAGAGCUACCUCCUCCAGGUCCUCCGCUAUCUGAUUGAGUUUGAACUCAAGGAGAGCGACAACCCUCGGCGGCUGCUGAGGCGAGGCACCUGUGCAUUCAGCAUCUUAUUCAAACUUUUCUCUGAAGGACUUUUUUCUGCAAAACUUUUUCUUACUGCCACUUUACAUGAGCCAAUCAUGCAGCUUCUGGUUGAAGAUGAAGACCACCUGGAAACUGAUCCAAACAAGUUAAUUGAGAGAUUCUCCCCAGUGCAACAGGAGAAGUUAUUUGGAGAGAAAGGCACGGAUAAGUUCAAGCAAAGAGUCCAAGAGAUGGUUGACUCCAAUGAGGCCAAGCUGGUAGCCUUGGUGAACAAAUUCAUUGGCUAUCUCAAACAAAACACUUACUGUUUUCCUCACAGCUUGAGGUGGAUUGUGUCACAAAUGUACAAAACACUCUCGUGUGUAGACAGGCUGGAGGUUGGGGAGGUCAGAGCCAUGUGCACAGACCUUCUCCUGGCAUGCUUCAUCUGCCCUGCAAUUGUUAACCCAGAACAGUAUGGGAUAAUUUCUGAUGCUCCAAUAAACGAGGUGGCAAGAUUUAAUCUGAUGCAGGUUGGGAGACUUCUGCAGCAGUUGGCAAUGACAGGUUUUGAAGAGGGAGAUCCACAUAUGAAGAGCAACCUUGCUAAAUUUGACAAAAGCUGUGUUGCUGCUUUCCUGGAUGUGGUGAUUGAUGGGCGUGCAGUUGAAACGCCUCCCCUGUCUUCUGUUAACCUUCUGGAGGGGCUGAGCAGAACAGUGGUUUACAUGACAUACAGCCAGCUAACUGCUCUGGUGGGCUUUAUGCGGAAUGUAAUGUCAAGUGACCAGCUCAAGGAAGAUCGGAUGGCUUUGGAAAACUUGCUGGCAAACUUACCCCAGAACAAACCAGGGAAAAGCAGCAGCCUUGAAAUGACUCCCUAUAAUACCCCUCAACUUUCUCCUGCAACUACUCCAGCUAACAAAAAAAAUCGACUGCCAAUAGCAACUCGUAGCAGAAGUAGAUCAAAUAUUCUGAUGGAUCAGCACGGAGAUCAUGAAGGAUCCUCUCAGGAGACCAUCCCAGAAGUGCAGCCAGAAGAAGUGCUGGUUAUUUCCUUAGGGACAGGCCCACAGAUUACUCCAGGAAUGAUGUCAGAAAAUGAGGUCUUAAAUAUGCAGCUUGCAGAUAGUGGACAAGGAGAUGUCCCCGUCGAUGAAAACAAGCUCCAUGGUAAACCUGAUAAAACCUUGCGCUUUUCCCUCUGCAGUGAUAAUCUGGAAGGAAUAUCUGAAGGUCCUUCGAAUCGCUCCAACUCUGUGUCGUCGUUGGAUUUGGAAGGGGAGUCUGUGUCAGAGCUCGGUGCAGGCCCCUCUGGGAGCAAUGGUGUGGAAGCUCUGCAGCUGCUGGAGCACGAACAAGCCACAACUCAGGAUAAUCUGGAUGACAAGCUCCGUAAGUUUGAAAUCCGUGAUAUGAUGGGGCUGACUGAUGACAGAGAUAUAUCAGAAACCGUGAGUGAAACCUGGAGUACAGACGUCUUGGGAAGUGACUUUGAUCCAAAUAUCGACGAAGACCGUUUGCAAGAAAUAGCAGGUGCAGCUGCAGAGAACAUGCUAGGCAGCUUGCUGUGUUUACCAGGUUCAGGAUCCGUGUUGCUUGAUCCCUGCACAGGUUCAACCAUAUCAGAAACCACAAGUGAGGCGUGGAGUGUGGAAGUAUUACCCAGUGAUUCAGAGGCCCCAGACUUAAAACAGGAGGAAAGACUACAAGAACUGGAGAGCUGUUCUGGGCUGGGCAGCACAUCUGAUGACACAGAUGUCAGGGAGGUCAGUUCUCGACCCAGUACCCCAGGCCUCAGCGUUGUAUCAGGUAUUAGUGCAACAUCUGAAGAUAUUCCUAAUAAAAUUGAGGAUCUCAGGUCUGAAUGUAGCUCUGACUUUGGGGGAAAAGAUUCUGUGACAAGUCCUGACAUGGAUGAAACAGCCCAUGGGGCCAGUCAGUUGACAUCUCCUCCUUCUCAGACAGAUUCUUUGCUUGCAUUGUUUGACCCUCUGGCAUCAAAUGAGAGUGUGUCAGCUGUAGUAAGGCCUAAAGUACACUAUGCAAGACCCUCUCAUCCACCACCAGAUCCCCCGAUCCUGGAAGGCGCUAUGGGAGGUACUGAGGCCCGGUUACCGAACUUUGGGUCUCACGCUUUAAUUCCAGCUGAUCUGGAAGCAUUCAAGCAGAGACAUUCUUACCCAGAGAGGCUGGUCCGCAGCAGGAGCUCAGACAUAGUCUCAUCGGUUCGGAGACCGAUGAGUGAUCCUGGGUGGAACAGGCGUCCUGGUAACGAGGAGAGGGAGCUCCCCAUGCCGACCACCAGCACUGGGGCAGCUGUUCUGGUGGCUGCAUCUCAGUCCUCAUCUUCAUCUCCCAGUAAAGACUCUUCCAGGGGAGAGAUUGAGGAGCGAAAAGACAGUGAUGAUGAGAAGUCUGACAGAAACAAGCCCUGGUGGAGGAAACGCUUUGUGUCUGCCAUGCCCAAAGCUCCUAUUCCAUUUAGGAAGAAAGAAAAACAAGAAAAAGACAAAGAUGACAUGGUGCCUGACAGAUACUCAUCACUUCAAGAUGAUCCCAGCCCCAGGCUGAGUGCCCAGGCACAAGCUGCCGAGGACAUUCUGGACAAAUACAGGAAUGCAAUUAAACGCACGAGUCCCAGCGAAGGGGCCAUAGCGAGCUACGACGGGGCAGAGGCUCUUGGGGAUGGUGAGAGUAUGCACGACUCUCCACGAGAUGAGGCUUUGCAAAACAUGUCUGCAGAUGAUCUCCCAGACUCUGCAAGUCAAGUAGCACAGCCACAAAGUUCUGCUUUCUCCUAUAGGGACGCAAAGAAGAAAUUGAGAUUGGCUCUUUGUUCAGCAGAUUCUGUCGCCUUCCCAAUGCUGACACAUUCAACAAGGAAUGGUCUUCCAGACCACACAGACCCUGAAGAUAAUGAAAUUGUGUGCUUCUUGAAAGUUCAGCUAGCUGAAGCUAUUAACCUCCAAGACAAGAAUCUGAUGGCCCAGCUGCAAGAGACCAUGCGAUGUGUGAGCCGCUUUGACAACAGGACCUGUCGAAAGCUGCUGGCAUCUAUUGCAGAGGACUACAGGAAGAGAGCUCCAUAUAUUGCCUAUUUAACUCGAUGUCGCCAAGGCCUGCAAACAACACAGGCACACCUGGAAAGGCUGUUGCAAAGAGUUCUGCGAGAUAAAGAGGUGGCCAACAGAUACUUCACCACAGUCUGUGUGAGGCUGCUGCUGGAAAGCAAAGAAAAGAAGAUAAGGGAGUUUAUUCAAGAUUUCCAGAAGCUCACAGCAGCAGAUGAUAAAACAGCCCAAGUGGAGGAUUUUCUCCAGUUCUUGUAUGGGGCUAUGGCUCAGGAUGCCAUAUGGCAGAAUGCCAGUGAGGAACAGCUUCAGGAUGCACAAUUAGCCAUAGAACGCAGUGUGAUGAAUCGUAUUUUUAAGCUUGCCUUCUACCCUAAUCAGGAUGGAGAUAUUCUGCGUGACCAAGUCCUUCAUGAGCACAUACAGAGGUUAUCUAAAGUAGUGACUGCAAACCACAAAGCGCUUCAGAUACCCGAGGUGUAUCUGCGGGAGGCACCGUGGCCGUCGGCCCAGUCUGAAAUCCGCACGAUAAGCGCCUACAAAACCCCCCGAGACAAAGUGCAGUGUAUCCUGAGGAUGUGCUCCACCAUCAUGAACCUGCUGAGUCUGGCAAACGAGGAUUCAGUACCUGGGGCAGACGAUUUUGUUCCUGUUCUGGUCUUUGUUCUCAUAAAGGCAAAUCCACCUUGCUUGCUGUCCACUGUUCAGUACAUCAGUAGUUUCUACGCCAACUGUUUAUCUGGAGAGGAAUCAUACUGGUGGAUGCAGUUCACAGCAGCAGUUGAAUUCAUUAAAACUAUUGAUGAUCGCAAGUAACUCAAACAGCACACGCACGGGCCGAGUGGUUGUGGAAGGGGAGUGCAAGAAUGUACAACAGCUGCCAAAGCUGGAGAAGGGACUUUCCUUGUAUAAUACUGUACAGAACUGGGGCGUUUUCGAACACACCUUUACUAAUCUAAUUAAUUUAACAGGUUUUCCUCUUCUCUGUUGGUUGCGUUUUUCUCCCCUGUAGACCCUGGCACUGCAGAAGGGACCACAGUUUUCAGGUAUUUUGGAUUCUCAAAACAUGCAGAAAAUUCUUCAUGCUUUUUCCACCACCCCCUUACCUGAAUUCUUACUCACUUGAAUGAUUCACUUCGUUUAAUUUCUAAUAGAAAACUAAGCCACGAAGAAUCAGGGCGACCACUUAUUAUCCUUUCUAGCUAAAUACACCUUUGAUUAAUAACACACCAGCCACGCUGAAGGUUUGAGGUAGCUGACAUCAGUUAUCACUUCUGUUCACCUCAACUGGGAAUCUGAGAAGACCGUGUAAAUAUUCUAUAACUAUAUUUAAUGCAUUGCAGUUAUCUUUGGACUCAUUAUCCUUUGAAUAAACAAGCAGGAGCCUCUCUGGCCUCUAACGGGUUGUGACACGUGCUGUGCUUUGGUAACGGAAGGACUUCCUCGAAAGGCUGAGAUUAAAAAAGGUCAAACUGAGCUAUUUAUUAAAAUGUAAUUAAGAUUACUGAAGUUUCUAAAACUGGAAUUUAUAGUAGACAGGGCUUGUUAGAUAGCUGAACACUUUUUGGCUGGGGCAUUAGGCUUGGAUAUAUAGAAGAGAGGGGCUGUAAGUUACAAUAGAUAGGUCUAAUAUAAAAAAGGAGAAGUAAAGUACCUUACUGUAAUAUUUUUUUUGAGAUAUUGUGUAUACUGUACAAACCCCAAACAGAGAUCCUUAACAGAACCUUGGGCUGUAAUAUAUAUUUUGAUUAGUGACAUUAAAUACAUAUGCCAGGGGUCUCGGUGAACGUUUUUACUAAACGUGCGUGUUGUCUGCUGUGCAGCAGGGCAAGUUUUACUGUUCAUAGAAGAUAUUUUAAAAUACAACACUGUUCUUUAUGAAACAUAUCAUGGCAUCAGUUCAGGGUGUUUUAUAGAUUUUUUCACCCCACCUUUCCCCUAAACUGACAAUUGUCAAUGUAAAGAUGUUUUUAUGCACAACACCACGUGUGUUCUUGUGGAGCGCUCUGAGGGGUGGCUGGCGGUUGGUCCCUGUGUGUGGACACUCGCUGUUCCUGAGCCAGAGGCACAGUGGGCGUUGGACAUCUUCGUGUCAGUAUUACUUCUUGCUCUUCCCAGAGUGUUCUUUGCACUUCUGACAGAGGGAUGUGUUCAGACUUGGUGUCUAAGUGGUAAAGAAAGCAAAAUCUUUCUCCCAUUCUUUCCAAAAGGCAAUUAAUUCUCUGUGUGUGUGUGUGCAUUUUGGUUAAAACCUUGGGAAAUGUUUGGUUAAUUGAAACUGGAGCAGUUUCUGUCAAGUAGCAAGUGUUGAUUUGUGUGUGCUGCUUGUCGAGGCAUAAUUAAAGAAACUUACUUUCCAGGACUCUAACAAGUAAUUCAGUGUAGCAUCUUGCCAAAUUAAUGGCAGCUGAGAGGGUGGGAUGUCGCUUCUUUAUUUAUAGUCUUUCUCCUCUGUUAGAGACUUGGUCGUGUGGAGGAGCAACACAAAAUCCUUCCGACCUGCCUUACUGUGGUAGCUCAGUCUGUAGCUCUGCAGUGUUGGAGUUAUUUAGCCUUGAUGAGUUUUGGUGCUGAACGUGUAACAAUACUGCCAGCACAGCCCUAACCGGUCACACUCAGCAGCCAAGCACAAACAUGCCCUCAAAGAUACGGCCAGAUGGUAGUGAAAAGCAAUAGAAACUUAUUUAUGUUGAAGUGUCCUGUAAUACCCAGCUCUUACUUGAAUAUCUGAGACAUUAAGACUGAUGUAUGAAAGUUCUUGACUGAUGUAUGAAAGUUCUUUUAGUCCUGCUGUUGGGGUUUUAGUUGAGGGGAGUAUCUGUACAGUCCUUACAGGUGGCCCAAGGACCUUGGAGGUGAGGCUCUGCGUGUUGCUUCUCCGCACAGAGUUUGAUCAGCACCUCCAGGUCUUUGGGAUUUGCUCUCCUUUAGGGAAGGGGCAAGAACCGUUUCCUUCACAGGUUUUGUUUUUCUGUGUAGAAAUCACUUCAGAGAACUGGAGGAGUUUUUUAAAUGAUUAAUUAGUUAUUUAAAAACCAGUGGGUGUUUCAGUGAGCCCAGGUGACCUGAGAGUCUCACAGCGACAUGGUCCUUUGCUGCUUUUUUCCAACCUACUCUGAAAGUCCUUUAUAUAGUCUUGGUAGGUGUAGUUAGAGAAUUAGGCUUUCCAAACAAAUACUUUCCUGUCAUGUCCUCUUUUCCCCCUGCUGUCCUGUAUGUUUUGUUUUCAACUGAUGACAUGUUUAGCAAGUGCUGUCGUUAGGUUUUGGUGUGCAAUAGUAAAGGUGAGAAGACAGUGAGUGCAUAAAGGACCAAAAGUAACGUAGCUGCUGCCCAAAGGGCCCAGCUCUGCACUUCACUGACUGGGGCCACUGGAGCGUGAGCGAGGUGUAGCGGGAGGCUGGGGCAGCAGAGCACAGGCCUGGCCCUGGGGGCCGUUUGGUGUGUGGGGAGGAAGGCGACGUGGCCCUGCCCCAGGGCGCUGCAGGGGAAGGGGCUUCCUCCUGGGGCAGAGGAAGGGAGAGGGUUUUCAUGCCAGGAAGAUUCCUUGUGACCUUUGCGGUCCUUCCCACCCUGAAGUGAGAUUUGCCUUUAAAGCUGUUGGGCUGCUCUGAGGAGCGCUGGGACGUGUGUGGCCUGCCAAGUGUUUGAGUUUAAAAGUUUUUGUUUUGAAGUACCAAACGCUGAAUGUAACUGCCAUAAAUACCAGGAAAAAAGCCACAGUGACCCUGUUCCCCGGAGGGGCGUUUCUGGCCAGCACAGGGCUGGUUUGUGGGCAUUCCACUGAGCCAGGUUCUGGCAGGGUGAGGCUGGCGGGGCUGUGGGGCUGCGACGGGGGCUGCAGCGAGGCCUCGGGCACAGGGGCCCUGCAGGGCCACGCUGCACCAGCACCCGGCAGCACCGGGGACAGGGAUGGGAGGAGUAACUGGGUAACAGCUGGUGACUUGGUUGAGCCUGUACUACUUGAGAAUUAAUCUCUGCUGAGUUAGUAGUGUGUGUUCUGUACCUUUUAAUUGUGCUUUACCUCUGUUUAAAAGCUUUGUACUGCCUCUCCUCCUGGAAACUGGUAAAGCCUUUAUAAAUCUAAAUUAAUGAGCUUGCACAAUCUUGUGUACAGGAACCCACCUUGUCUCUAACGUGACUAGUAAUGUAUUAUUCUGUAAAAACUGAUUAAAAGGAGAGCAGUUUA